GUGGCUAAAGGCAAAGUUGGAGAAUAAUCAAAAUAAAUAUGAAAAAGGAAAAAGACAUGGAGAAAGAAGACCAAGAGACAUCAGCAGUGGAGCCGCUUAGCCCGAUUUCACAGUUGUUCCUUUCGCCGACUCUCUAUUGCGUCAUUAUUUUUACUUUAGGGUUUAAAACUAGAUGCAACCCAUCUUCCAUUGUUGAAGGUAUCAAGAACACAUGGAUCAAGUUCCCUCGCUUCUCUUGCAAAUUGGAGAUGAAGAAAAAUGGGAAAGCGGUUUGGGUUCCUACUACUUAUGAAGUAGAAGAUCAUGUUAUUGUUCCAGAUAUUGAUUAUUCCAACAUUGAAAAUCCUGAUCAAUUUAUAGAAGACUAUACUUCGAACAUUGCUAAUACUCCAAUGGACAUGUCCAAACCUUUAUGGGAAUUUCAUGUUCUGAAUAUUAAGACAUCAAAUGCAGAAUCUUUGUGUAUAGGGAAACUGCAUCAUUCACUCGGCGAUGGGAUGUCACUUAUGUCUCUUCUACUCGCUAUUUCACGAAAAACAUCAGACCCCGAAGCUCUUCCUACUACCGCGGCUACAAGAAAACAUGUUGAUUCCAAUGAUAAGGAUUGGUGGUUGGUUGGGAGAUUUUGGUUCAUGAUAAGAAUCAUUUUCACAACUGUUAUUGAAUUGUUCAAGUAUUGUCUUACACUAUGUUUUAUGCGGGAUACUAAAACUCCUCUCAAGGGUAAACCGGGAGAUAGAGUUCAAUCUAGAAAGGUUAUCCAUCGGAUAAUAAGCCUUGAUGACGUCAAGUUGGUGAAGAACACAAUGGAAAUGAAAGUAAAUGAUGUUCUCCUUGGAAUGACACAGGCAGGUCUCUCAAGAUAUUUGAGCCGAAAAUAUGAUGAAGAUACGGUAGCCGAGAAGAAAAAAAUCCGUCUUCGCGGUACAGUAAUCGUAAAUUUAAGAGAAACUACAAAGAUCGAGGAUCUGGCGAAUAUGAUGGCAAAGGGUUCAAAAAGUAGAUGGGGAAACUUCGUAGGUAUUGUCAUUUUUCCGUUAUGGAUAAGAUCUGAGGAUGAUCCGUUGGAAUACGUCCAACGAGCCAAAUCUACUAUGGAUAUCAAAAAACUCUCCAUGGAAUCACUUAUUUGCUAUGGAGUCAUCAAAUUUGCCAUGAAAAUGUUCGGAGAAAAGGUAGUAGAAACUCUUGUAAAGAGAAUAUUUGAUCAUACAACAUUGGCAUUUUCAAAUGUGAUGGGUCCAGACGAAGAAACAAGUUUCUUUGGUCAUCCAAUGUCUUACGUAGCAGCAAGUGCAUUGGGUGGAUCACAAGCUCUUAUUAUCCAUUUUGUGAGCUAUGUAAACAAGAUUGUCAUCAAUCUAGCAGUCGACACAACAGUGAUUCCAGACCCUUAUCUACUAUGUGAUGAUUUGGUAGAAUCGCUCAAUAUCAUCAAACUUGCUGCCUUGGAGAAAGGAGUUCAUAAAAUGGAGGUUUGAGACAUGUAUCACCAGAUAUACAAGAUGAAGCCAAGUAUGUUCGAAGAUAAACUUGCAAUUAUGUUAGCGGCGUAAGAAUUUCUUAACACAAUAAUAUGUCCAAUCUAUGGUAUCUAUUUCGACUUUCAUGCCGAUUUGUUAUUGUUCGAAUGAUAUUAAUCUUGAGCUUUGUAAUACUCUACAUGUUUAAACUAUGGAUCUUAAUGAAGCGAUUUUUAAUGUU